UGCCGCACCAGCUGGAUGUGACAGAGUUGCCUGUAGAGGGUCCAAUCUGUGCUCAGAGACUGAAACAGAGCUUUAGGUGGAGCGUGUGUGUGCGCGCGCGCUUGAGACUCAUUGUGCGGCCAGCACGGAUCUAGUAAGGUGUUCACGUGUCAGUGAUCAAUUCACCUGUCACGGUUACAGUGGGGACUCCUCGGGGACUGUGGCGGCUCUGGAGAGCUGUCACUUUCUCUGUGUGCGUAGAAGGAUUAUCAUUACGCACGUUAUGCGGAGCGCAGCUUUGGUGAUGCGCUCAGUCAGUAGAGGUGCAGCGGGGAGCAGCGAGUGUCAGCCCGGACAUUCAACGGCAUAAUCAGCGCAGUAACUGGAAGGGGAUCCGUGUUGUUAUGGGGGCACCGUUCCUGCGCAUCACAGGAUUUCGACUCGCCGUCUUGUUUUAUUUAUUCUGAUGAAUGCUCCGCCGUUGGUGCCGAGUCAAAGUCAGAGAUGCGCACCGCUAAACAAAGGAUUUAGAGGAAAACGAUAAAGAAUCUCUUACAUAUUUCAAUCUUUACAUCCAUUUGACUCACCCCUCUUUUUUUUCUUUCUUUCUUCUUUUUUUUUUUUUGGACUUCCAUUCAUGCACAUUCUACCACUGAGGACAACGAACACGGGCUAAAUAACCGGGUAUCUCUGGUGUGGAACCAGGAGCAGGAGGAAUCCUCUGGUCUCAUUUCAUAAAGGUCCAUGUGGUUGGAAAGAGAAUACGCAAAACCCGCGAGCGGAGCUCAUUCCGAAAUGUGACAUUUUUAUUCUGCCUCCAGUCAAACCUGACAACUGUGCAUCCGUCUUCAUCCUCGACCACCUUAGUUUGCAUCGUUCAAGAGAUGGCAUUCCCACCAGUUCUCCUCCUGCUGCUGCUGCUGACUGUUGCUCACCGUGCCAGCAGCCAAAAUUCUGACCCUGAGGCUCUCCCGAGAGGCUGUGGCUGGGGCCUUGUGCGUCCGUACACCCUCCUCUGUGACCUGGACUCCAUAUGGGGGGUGGCUGUUGAAUCUGUGGCUGCCGGUGGGGUACUGACUGCCAUCUUACUCGCCCUAGUCCUGCUGUGCCGUUUACGCCACAUCUGUCAGGGCGAGAGGCGGAGCGGCGUGGGACCCAUCCUCCUUCUGCUUCUCGGCAUCCUUGGCUUGUUUGGCCUGAGCUUUGCUUACCUGAUCGAGCAGGAUGAGUCACUGUGUCUUCUCCGCAGAGCCCUCUGGGGUCUCCUUUUUGCUGUCUGCUUCUCCUGCUUGUUGGUUCAGGGUGUCCGUCUGCGCAGGCUUGGCCGGGACCGUCGCAGCCCCGGUGGCUGUGCCCUAACGGGCCUGGCACUGGGUUUGAGUGCUGUGCAGGGCAUCAUUGCCGCAGAGUGGCUACUUCUGACCGUACUGAGGGAGGGAAGAGCUGCCUGUCAGUACCUUCCUCUGGACUUCUCACUAGCAUGCAGCUAUGUGCUUGCCCUCCUAUUAGCUGCACUGACCGCAGCCUCCCUGGCCCUGUGUAGUAAGACACGACAGUGGCGCUGCAAUGCCAUCUGGCUGCUGGUCACCUGCUUGAUGUCACUGAUGCUAUGGGUGGCCUGGGUGGGCUUCUAUCUGUAUGGGAACGCCUGGCUUAACAGGUCUCCAGAAUGGGAUGAUCCAGCUCUGGCCAUUGCUUUAGUUGCUCAAGGAUGGCUGCUUCUGAUCUUCCAUGCCAUUCCUGAAUCCCACAGCUGCCUGAAACCCCCACCACAACCCACUGCCCCGGAUUACUUCGAUACAUCACAGAACUCAACACGGAUGAGGGAGACGAGCUUCGACGAUGACACCCCUCUAUCGCACAGGCAGUUUGUGGAGAACCAGGGAUACGGAUAUAACGACGAGAACACUGCAGGCUUGAGGAGCGGUGGCGGUGCUGGGCAACACAGCAGUAACACUGGUGCCAGGCCAAGCGCUCCUUUCCGCAGCAACGUCUACCAACCCACCGAGAUGACCAUGAUCCUGAACGGGGGAGCGGUGAGUACAUCCUCCCAGUCACAGGUGCCCUCUGCCCCUCCCACCUACACGGGGAGGCAGCUGUGGUGAGCGAGAGGUUUGGAAAGAGGGUGUGUGAUUAAAAAAAAAAAAAACAAAAAAAGGAAGAGAAGAAGAGGAUGGAGAGGGUGAGGAGAGAGGAUGAGGGGGUCCAGGAUGAGGGGCCCCGUCUGGUUGGACUGGACUAACAGCACGGAUGCCUACAGCGACCUUUUACUCUGUGUACAGACUUUAACACUGAUUGUGUGCCAAUCAACUACUGUUUGAGUGUUGUGAGACUCACAGGAAGUAGGAUAUGGAGGACAGAGCUGAAGGUUUUCUGGUGCACAAGUCAUGACGUGUGAAAAGCAAGUAGCAAAACAAAACAAAACAAAAAAAACAAAACAAAAAAAAAAAAAAGAGAAUCAGAUCUGGAAAUAUCUCAACAAGCAGUAUUCCUUUUUAGGUCUCAUUUGCUCCUCUGACACUACAACAUUGUAGGCAUCCCUGAGAACUGUGAAAUAGAUUGCUUUUUCCUGCUCUCUCUCUCUUUCUGUCAGGCAGGAUGUCUUUUCUGCUGCUCCUCACAAUGAAGGCGUUCAAGUGGAAACAUUUGGCUCCGUCCUCCAUCCCUCCACACCGUAGGUGUAGACAGAGCACAUGGGCAACUGUACAACCCGAGCAGCGCCCUCUUAAAAU